GAAAACAAAUUGAGCAAUAAUAACAAACGUGUGAAAAGCAAGAAAACAAGAAUCCAACAAUCACAAUAACACAUAUUUGACAUUCGACCAAAAUUUGGUAUUUCUAGCUGGCGAGUUUCGCACGGCGAUUCAUUCAACAACAGAAAUUUGAAGUGAUAAGUUCAGUGAAAAAGAAAAAAAACAAAAGCUCUCCCACAAAGACAAUAAACAUUUAACAAAAAAAGUUUAAUAGCUCAAAAAUUCUAAAUGAAUAAAAAUGGAUUAAACAUUAAAACAAUGACAAUGCAAAUGAAGUGAAAUCAAAACCAAUUGGACAUUUGUAAUCCAAGAUAAAUACAUACUUAGAAAAGUCGAGAACUUACUAAAAUACGUGACAGUGAUAGCGUUAACUUUAUAAAGCACUUGUUACAUAGACUGUUGCAUAAAAUUGUUGCGUGCCUACAGCGGGCAGAACUCCCAACACUUGGAUAGUUUUGAUAUUUUCAAAACAUUCAAAAACUUUAUUCAAAGGGUAUAGAGAAAGAGAACGAAUUAAGUGAAAAACUACAAAGGUGACGUGUUAAGCACACCAUUGCUGCGCGCGUCGCACCUCGCACAACAAAAGUGUCAUCGUCCAACUAGUGAGUUCCCCUUAAAGUCUACAAAUAACUGAAUAUAGUAUUGAAAAUCAGGCGAUUUUUUAUGCUUGCGCUAGUGCAUAUCUAGUGUGUCAUCAAAAUUUAUCUAAGCGUUUUUGAAGUUUGGUUAAGAGCAAAUCAGCACCGAUAAGAAGAAAAUAUUUAGUUUUUGGUGUCUAAAUAAAUAGUACAAAUAAAAACCUAUUUGUAAAGACAGUUUUGUGUGAAAUUAUAAUGUCUAAAGUUACUUUGGGCGGAUUUACGAAUACACUGAGACGUUACCCAAAGACUUUGGGUGGAGUUGGAAUACUCACAACUUGUGGCAUAAUUUUAUUUGAAAAACAAAGGAUACGCAAGUAUUUAUCGAAAUGGGUGGAGACUGCACCGUCUGAAACUGAUAAAAAGCGUCCAGAUUACAUAUAUAUUAAAUAUCAUAUUUAUAAGGAGUCUAUGCGUAAAUUGAAACAAAAGGAAGAGGAUGAAAAGAAAUGGAUCAGCAUCAUUAUCAACCCCAUUGGCAAAUGGUGGAAGGCUGUUAAACACUCAGUAGCCUGGCGUUUGCUCAAUAUCGCACAGACAGGUUCACAACACGAACGUCUCAAAGCUGUGCGCCAAUUGGCCUGUAUCGAUCACUUGAAAGACUGGGACUUCCGACAUUUGGCACAAAUUUGCGAUGCACGCACCGCCGUCUCUUUGGCGCGUUCCGGUGCCGAUUCACGUUGGUUCGUGCCGGUGCACAUGCGUGGCUGCAUUAAGAAUCCCAAACUCGUGCUGGCCGACUUUCAUGAUAUGCUAGCGCGUUUGCGGCCAAAUUCUUGCGUUGAUAAUUUUUUCAACAAAUACUUUCCACAACAGUAUCCACACGAAGGCAUCGAUGAGUUCUUUACACAGGAACAAGCUAACUCGUUAUCUGUACAGGAUACGGAUAUGCUGAAAGAGAUUAUCGCCUUCCUACAUCAUAUCACCAAGGAGGAGGCGGUGGCGAAACAAAUCAUCAACGAGGGUGGUCUGACACAUCUUAUGGAAUUGCGUAAAAUUUUCGCCGAUGACAAUGAAACACUUUCGACACUCUGUAAGGUGUUGGCGAACAUGUCACUCGUUGCGGACAGUGUGGAACAUUUCUUCGCAUCCGGUUGGAUUGGCGGCUUGGCAGAAUGGAUGAAAUGUGCCGAUUUACGUCUGCAAGUGAUAUCGGCCAAAACGAUGGCCAAUCUGGAUCACGAUGAUCCCAAUCAUGUGCAAUAUCCACCCAAUGUCUAUCCACUGCAUCCACGUUUGCGCACACGCGCCAAACCCAAGGCUGAUAUUAUUUUCAUACACGGCCUGUUGGGCGGUGUGUUCAUAACUUGGCGCCAGAAGGACCGCAAUCCCACCGAAUUGGGUUUAUAUGGCAAGAAUGCAUUUUACACCAGCGAAACGGAUGAUGUAUUUUUGGUUGGCGAACAAAGGCGUGGCAAUGGCAAGAUCAACGCCAGUAAUAUUACCAACGUCAGCGCAAAUAAUAACACAAAGAAGGAACAAGCCACAGAUCCAAUACUAAAAGCCGCCAAAAAGGAGAAAAACAAAACUUUGGAAAUAAGCGAUGCGGCAACUAUGGAACUUGUGGAAGCACUACAAAACUCUGCCGAACUUGAGUCUGAUUGGGAGGUAGUACACCCAGAUGUGCCGCUUAAAGCGGGUGAGGGUUGUUGUGGUGAAUUUAGCGUGCCUGGCAAUGAGUGGCAAAAUCAAGAUAACUGUGAUGAUUACACCAACUGUUGGCCAAUGGAGUGGCUACCAGAUGAUUAUCCAAAUACAAGAAUCAUUGGUAUAGACUACACCUCUGCAGUCACAGAAUGGUCAGCUAAUUUCACAAAAUAUUGUCCCUGCGAAAAAGGUCAAGGACAAAUCGAUGUACGCGCCACUUCAUUAUUGGAACGCCUCUCCAAAUCAGACAUUGGCAAUGAGCGUCCAGUUGUUUGGAUCGGUCACUCCAUGGGUGGCAUACUCACCAAAAUGAUGCUUAUGAAAGCCGUAGAUGACCCCGAUCCGAAGGUGAAUCAAAUAGCAAAUAAUACAUCUUCCAUACUCUUUCUGGGCACACCACAUCGUGGCUCAUCGAUUGCGAAAUGGAAACAACACAUGCAGGUGAUACUCUCCCCUUCCAUUGAGGUUAAAGAAAUGGAGGAGGGAGCCCCAAAAUUACUUGCAAUGCACAAUCGUUUCAUGGCAUGCUUACAUACAUGCUUUCGUAAUGUGAAGGUCGUCACUAUCGCCGAAGGUGCACCAACGAUGUUGACGUCAUUCAAAUUUCCAUUGCGCAUCGUCACUGAGGAUUCAGCGCGUCUUGACUACGGCGACUUUUAUGUGCUAAAAGACGAUCAUCUUAGUCUAUCGAAACCGAUUUUCCGCCAGUCAUUCCUUUAUCAACGUGUACUUAAGGUGAUCGAAGACUCGAUAAAUACAGACGAAACGCCAACUGAAAAGGUGGAACUACCGGGUACAAAAUUCAAAAUAGAACCCAUUAAAACACCAGCAGAAUCGGACGUUGGCAAGAGCUUAGUGGAGAAAGUACGUAGUAUUUUCUCGGCAGUUCCACAAAUCUCCAUAAAUUUUCCGAAUGCACAUUGUGAACAGUCAAGACGUGAUUAAAACUAGUCAAAAGCUUUUUGCGGCUAAUAUUUUUGCCAUAUACAAGAGAGACCUGGCUAUGAAGUUUAAAUUUUAAGCUAAACCACUAAGUAUUUUGUAAAAAAAAAAACCUAUAGCUGAUGUUAUUAUUAGACUACAGCUAUUUGUACUCAUCUCAUUGAGUUUGUUACAUCACUCAUCUUUCCAUGUACUUUUAUACUUAAAACCAUGAAUAUUAUUUAUCGAAAUUAUUAUUUGCAUACGCGCACAUGUUUUAUAAACUUGACAAAACAAAAAUUUGUCUAAUUUAUAUUUAUAGAUUUAGCAUGUAAGUUUGUACUUGAGCACUUGGCAUAGCCAUAAGGCUAAAUACAAACUCCAUAUGACUUUUUGGAUACCCAGUGACUUCAUGUAUUCUCUAGAAGCUUAUCGAACUCGUGAUAAUAAAAAUAAGCAUAUAAAAAUCGCUCAAAUAAAUCAAUGGAGAAGCUUGUAAACAUACAUACUUAAAA